CCGGAAGGGCUCCGGUGCCCCGGAAGCGGUCCCGGCGCUGGGUGGGAGGGACGAGCGCUGAGGAGGAGAGGCCGACGGCACAGCUGUUACCCUGACGAUGGCGGGGACGGCCCUCAAGAGGCUGAUGGCCGAGUACAAACAAUUAACACUGAAUCCCCCGGAAGGAAUUGUGGCAGGCCCCAUGAAUGAAGAGAAUUUCUUUGAAUGGGAGGCGUUGAUCAUGGGCCCCGAAGACACCUGUUUUGAGUUUGGGGUUUUUCCGGCCGUCCUGAGCUUCCCGCUGGAUUACCCGUUGAGCCCUCCGAAGAUGAGGUUUACCUGUGAGAUGUUCCACCCCAACAUCUACCCCGACGGCAGAGUUUGCAUUUCCAUCCUGCACGCCCCGGGCGACGACCCCAUGGGCUACGAGAGCAGCGCCGAGCGGUGGAGCCCCGUGCAGAGCGUGGAGAAGAUCCUGCUGUCGGUGGUGAGCAUGCUGGCAGAGCCCAACGACGAGAGCGGCGCCAACGUGGACGCCUCCAAGAUGUGGCGGGACGACCGCGAGCAGUUCUACAAGAUCGCCAAGCAGAUCGUGCAGAAGUCGCUGGGGCUCUGAGCCUCGCCCGCGCGCAGGCAGACCCACCGCCAGGCGCUGGCCGGUGUUUCUCCUCGGAACGCUUGGUGACAGUGACCUCUGUGCUGGUACCAAAAAAGGCAAGCUUGCAGAACCACAGCGUCUAGUCUCUCACCCUUCCCAACCCGCGGUCCUCUCCUCUGCGUGCCGCCUGCAGGACGUGACAGCUGGACGCGGGCCGGCUGCUCCUGCCCGGGGGUCUCAGGUAGACCCUCCCGCUGUCACCACUACCUCUCCCGGCCCGCGGGCCUCCCUCCUGCAGUCGGGAGGGGUGUAGGCCGCCCCGGGGCUCCAGCCAGGGCCGCUCUCCUUCCUGGGCUGCGGGGCCUUGUGGCCCAGCAGGGGGCUGGGCGUCCGUGCGCCUCCCGCUCCCUUGUCCCGGGAGGGGCACGUGACUGUGCUUCAGGGCUUUGGCUCACACGCAGGUUUUCUUGCAAUCUGGGCAUAUUUUUCACAUGUUUCUUUUGUCGUGCAUUACGCAUAAUCCCAUUUAGAAAUACUUUCAGGAAAUAAAUACCUUUUUCAAAUGUGGGUGAAUGAACAACGGGGUACGCAGACGAGUGUCCUGCUGGCCUCGAAGGCUGGCGUGUCCUGCUGGCAUCGGACAGGGUUGCGUUCGCGUCUGGGUCCCCACGCGUUCCGAGAGCGGCAGCGCUGAGACCGGAGUUUUCUUCUGCGGAAGCAGGAGCUCUUCUUCCCCAGGCUAGAAGUUGGGGCGUUGUGAGCUCUGGCGCGUGGCAGCUGCAGCAGGAGCUCUAACUCGGGGGCCAAACCAUUUUGGGGACCAUGGAGUGGGCAGGAGCCUCGAGGUUGCACAGAGCACAGGGGCGUGCCUGACCCCGCCUGACCGCGCGCGGGCCCGUGUCCCAGAGCGGGGGGCGCGCAGCCAAGGGGGGGCCUUGACGAGGGCCGGCCGUCCUCCAGCUCGGGCAGCCCAGCCGCGGGGCCAGCCUCCGCAACAAGCAAUAACAGAUCUGUCGCAGGCAGGGUCACAUAUUCGGCCUGUUGCAGACAGGUUCCGUUUAAAUAGGAGCUUCUAUUUUUGAAAUGAGGGAUGGACACACGUUUCAUUUACGUUUCCCUUUCCCUUUCAUAAUGUGCCGUGGCCGGGAGUCUGUUCGCCGGAAACGCACACGUGGUUUCUUGGUGGUCGGGGCCCCUGCCGAGGGGCCUUCACCUGGGGCUUCUGUGGAAUCAGAUUCUUUCCUUCUCGGGAGGGAAUCACUGAAACUGUGUGAGGACUUGUGUUGGGAGGGGAUGGGGUGAGCCGCGGCGCGGAGUCUGCGCAGCAUCUGCAGGCGCGUUGGGUGGGACCCAGCCCUCUGCGUGGAGGCGAGAAUAUGGCUUGUGGGGGUGCGUGUGGCCAGUGGCACCACAGGGACCCCAGCAGGGAGCUGGCAGCCCGUGUGCGGGAGGCCGCGGGGGCUUCCAGGCAACCCUGGGAAGAGAGAGAGGCGGUCUCUGCAAAAUAAAGUAUUUUUAUUCACUUGUAUUUAUUAAGUGGAAGAAAAGAGAAGCCCAUGAUGUCCUCAUUCUGUGACGAGUUUAUUUCCUAUGUUAAAAUAAAGUGAUAUAUUUUCCCCCUA